CCUCCCUUUUCUACUUCCUUUUCAAGCCAUCAACAUGGCGAAUCCCGUCAGCAAGAAGAAAAAGUUUGUUGCAGAUGGAGUCUUCAAGGCUGAGCUGAACAAUUUCCUGACAAGGGAGCUGGCAGAAGAUGGCUACAGUGGUGUAGAAGUUCGUGUGACACCUACACGUACAGAAAUCAUUAUCCUGGCCACAAGAACACAGAAUGUCCUUGGAGAAAAAGGCAGGAGGAUCAGAGAACUGACCUCCGUCGUACAGAAAAGGUUCAACUUCCCAGAGGGAACAGUUGAGCUUUAUGCAGAGAAGGUAGCACAGCGUGGUCUGUGUGCCAUUGCACAGUGUGAGUCUCUCAGAUACAAGUUAAUUGGAGGGCUGGCAGUAAGGAGGGCCUGUUAUGGAGUACUGCGAUUCAUCAUGGAGAGUGGUGCUAAGGGCUGUGAAGUCGUUGUUUCAGGAAAGCUCAGAGGACAGAGAGCUAAAUCCAUGAAAUUUGUGGACGGACUUAUGAUCCACAGUGGUGACCCCAUUAACGAUUACGUAGACACAGCCGUCAGACACGUCCUGCUUAGACAGGGUGUGCUGGGAAUUAAGGUCAAGAUCAUGUUGCCAUGGGAUCCCAGUGGUAAAAUUGGUCCCAAACGACCACUGCCUGAUCACGUCAGUGUUGUGGAGCCAAAGGAGGAGACCAUUCCUGCUCACCCUUACAGUGAACAGAAAGGAGCCAAGCCCACAGAGGCCCCAGCUGUACAGGCCUAAAGAUUUGGUGAAAGAGACUUGUGUAAACAAAAAAAUAAAUGUGAAAAAACCUUCA